UCCCAGGGGCCGCGGGGGCCGAUGGGGCUUUCUGGCCCGAAGGGGGAGAAGGGUGAGCCGGGAGAGCCCAGGGUGAUUGUGGAUGGAGGACAAAGGCGGCCAGGCCAGAAAGGGGAGCCGGGCAUGCCGGGCAGCCCUGGCCCCGCUGGGAGCCCCGGCCCACGGGGGCCCUUUGGUGAUCCAGGCCCCCCUGGUCUGCUUGGACCCAUGGGGCCACCAGGACCUCCAGGAGAGUUUGUGAAGGGGGAGAAGGGUGACCGAGGGGAAAGGGGCCCUCCUGGACUUGUGGAUGGGGCAGUGCCUCGUGGGGAGCCCGGAACCCCGGGCCUGCCUGGGGACCCUGGGCCCCGGGGACCUGCCGGGCCCCCUGGCUUGAAGGGAGAGAAGGGUGAUGGCAAAGAAGGUUUUCCAGGGCCGCCCGGCCGUGCCGGAGACCCAGGCGACAGGGGCCCUCGGGGACCACCGGGGGAGCAGGGCCGGAAGGGAGACCGUGGGGCACCAGGCGAGCUGGGAGAGACGGGUGAGAAGGGAGACCGUGGUGUGCCAGGACCCGAGGGCGAGAAGGGUGCCCCUGGCCUGAGCAUCCCUGGGCCGGCUGGCCCCAAAGGCGAGCAGGGCGAUCGGGGAAUUGUCGGCCUCACGGGCAGGAGCGGCCCGAAG